CUUUACUGUCAUCGAGCUGGUUUUAAAAGGCAGGAGGGUUCUCGAAUAGAAAAAUCGUGUGAAAAUUUUCUUGUCUUGCCUAAUUUCUCAAUUAGUUUAAUUAAAAUUAAUGAAUAACACAUCAGUACUCCGGAUUGUUUUAUAACUGUGUCAAUACAGUCUGUGGGUUUAUAAUGUCUUACAAUAUAGAUGAGAUGAGUUGGACAGAUGUCCGGAAUCUAUUUCGAAAGUGGAGGGACGAUAAUGAACGUAAGAGUGACGAAGUUAUGAUGUUGUGGGAUGUCAUUCUGUCGGAUAAACAGAACAAACUUGGCAACGAGCGCCAUUUGGUCCUUGAGCAAGUGAUGAUCGCUGCACUCGAUUGCAAUCGGAUAGAAACAGCUGAGGAUUGCAUUCGAAUACUGACGGCCGAGUUUCCCGGUAGUUUGCGCAUUCAAAAAUACAAAGCAAUGCUUCUGGAAGCGCUUGAACGAUAUGACGAUGCCCUAGACGUACUGGAUCAAAUAAUUAAGAAAGACGAAACGAAUGCUGCCCCACGGAAGCGUAAGGUGGCUAUCUACAAAGCUCAAGGAAGAACGGCCGAUGCAAUACGAGAGCUGUGUGAUUACAUGAAGCGGUUCAUGUCGGAUCAGGAGGGGUGGCACGAGCUGUGCAGCAUAUAUCUAUCCGAGGGAGAAUACGCCAAAGCGGCGUUUUGCAUGGAGGAAGUGCUACUGCACAACCCGCACAGUCAUUUAAUUCAUCAAAGGCUCGCAGAUAUCCGUUACACUAUGGGCGGUCUCGAUAAUAUCGAAAUUGCUAAAUCGUACUACUGUCAGGCUGUUAAACUGAAUCAGAACAAUCUGCGAGCUCUUUAUGGAUUGUUUUUGUGUUGUGGUCACAUUGCCAAUUCAAAAGCAACCCUAACUAAGCGAAAGGAAGUUCAAAAGCUAGCGCAAUGGGCGAUCACACAAAUUCAACAAAGAACGAUUCAAUCGGAAAUCCCUCUUACGCCGAAAUGUAGCAAAUCAGCGGCGAAGCAUUCUAAAGACGAGGUUGCUGCCCUAGAGCAAGCAUUCGGUGGACUCGACAUCGCUAAAGCAAAUUGACAUACCGGUCCGCAAUACCAACACGACAACGCAUCUUCACCAAAUACAUGUUUACUUUCAGCUCUAGCCCACUUAGUUUCUUAGCUCGUGAGCGAGCUAAUUGAAUCUUUCUAGCACUUCAAUCUACCCUAACAGCAAAACAAAAAGUACAGUGCAGCUGUUUAGUGCAUUAUCAAUGGUAACAUAAUUGCAUUUCUGUUCCAAGUGAGUCACACACUAGAUCAUCCUACAUGAUCGUAACGUCGUUUUAUCUCAUCGCUGGGUGGUGGAUGGAUCAUUGAACAUGCCUGAAAUCGACAUUUCCGCAAAAACGAUCUGGGGGAUAGCACAGUUUUGGGCGUUUGAAUAGCCUACCGAAAACAGGCGAUCCAAACAUACGGAAUGUCGUACGAACGCAGCUGCAUUUCGCAUACAGUUAUUAGAUUCAAAACAUUUAAAAUAGCAAACCAAUAUAAAUAUCAAUUAAGUAACUGAUUUAGAAUAUAGUUAUAUGCGCGGUAAUGGCACGUAGAAACGAAAGUAAAUAAAGUUUAUAUUUCA